AUGCCUCGCUACGAUGAUCGUUACAGCAGCAGUCGCCUCUACGUUGGCCACCUGUCCUCUCGAACAAGGGAACGAGAUCUUGAACGGCUCUUCAGCAAAUAUGGAAGAAUUCGAGAUGUGGACAUGAAGCGAGACUACGCCUUCAUCGACUUCAGUGAUCCUCGUGAUGCUGAUGAUGCGAGGUACAGGUUGGACGGAAGAGACUUUGAUGGAAGCCGUAUCGUUGUGGAGUUUGCAAAAGGGACACCUCGUGGCUCCCGAGAAUUUACCUCGAGCAGAGGACCUCCUCCAGGAAGUGGUCGUUGUUUCAACUGUGGUCUUGAUGGACAUUGGGCUCGAGAUUGCACUUCUGGUGACUGGAAGAAUAAAUGUUAUCGAUGUGGAGAUAGAGGUCACAUCGAGAGAAACUGCAAGAACAGUCCUAAGAAGCUCAGUCGGGACGAAAGUUACUCAAGAUCGCCAGUUCGGUCCAGGUCUCGGUCUCCUCGUCGCAGAAGAAGAAGCCCUAGCAGAAGCAGAAGCAGAAGCAGAAGCAGAAGCUACAGCCGUGGCCGUAGCUAUAGUCGAUCGAGAUCACCGGUUAGGAAGGAAAAGGAUCGAAGUCCUGAAGCUGGAAGAAGCAGAAGCCCUGAACCAAUGGUUGACAACUCUCCUCUUACCAAAGAUAGGAAGCGAAGCCUGAGUCCUGAAGAAGGUAGCCCAAUGCGUGAAAAGUACAGCCCCAAAGAGAAUGCACCCAGCCCGAGAGGAAACGAUGAUGAUGGGAUAGACCAGAGUCGUAGUCCCAGAGACGACCGUAGCCCUAGAGUUGGACACAGCCCAAGAGAAGAUCGCAGCCCUGCGGAGGAUGAUGACCAGUGA